AUGGGUUGUGAGAUGGUGCCUGCCGUCAGGUGGGGUAGGUAGUAUUUGGUUGUGCAAUAGCUUCACACAACUUUACUGAUAAAGGAUGGAGCUGCAUAUUAACAAACAAACAAAUUAAGAGAAUGCACAGUAAUUAAAUGGUAAAUGGUUUGUUAUGAACAUAUUUUUAGCUCAAAAACUGUUCCAAUAAGCAGCACAAUAAGCUGUGGUGACUAUGCUGCUCAAAGUGUCCCUCCUGUUACCUCUCACACAAUCCUCUCUCUAAAUCUCUCUGUCCUCCAUUUUGCUUCUUUCUCUGUCCAUGUAUACAUUACCUCAACUGUCUUCAUAUCAGAACUUCAUGAACAGCUACCCUCCUUCCAAUUCAUUGUGUUCAUUGUGUUUCAGCUGUCCAAGGAGCACAGGGAAAAUUUGCCUACAAACUCAUGAACGACUUGUUUGCCAAUUACUCUAACGCUCUUCGUCCCGUGGAAGAUAUGGACAAAGCCAUGAAUGUCACUCUACAGGUCACCCUGUCCCAAAUCAUUGACAUGGUACUGGUAUUAUUACACAUUGGUAUGAUUACACCAUGUGGACAUUGGGGGGAGAGUUGAGAGAUACAUCUACAUGUCUGAAGAUCAUCCGUGACAGGUUGAAACAACAUUUGACAUGCCAAAUAUUCCACUAAAAGAUAUUAUUAUUAUUAUUAUGAUAUUUAUAUAGCGCCAUCAAAUUCCGCAGCGCUUUACAAUGGGUGGAUGAACAGACAUGUAGUUGUAACCAGACAAGUUGGACACACAGGAACAGAGGGGUUGAGAGCCCUGCUCAAUGAGCUUACAUGCUAGAGGGAGUGGGGUAAAAUAACACAAAAAGGUAAGGAUAGUAUUCGACUAGUGACAGUUGCAGAAGAGGAAUCAGUCAGGAGCAAUUAACAGUUUCAUUGAUACGCUUUUAUGAAGAAGUGGGUCUUUAACGAUUUUUUUGAAGGAGUGGAGACUGGGUGAGCAUCUAACGGAGGAGGGAAGCGAGUUCCACAGGAACGGUGCAGCCCUCGAGAAAUCUUGAAGGUGAGCAUCAGAGGUGGGAGUACGGACAGAAGAUAGACGCAAGUCUUCAGCAGAUCGUAAGGGCCUAGACGGGACAUACUUGUGUAUAAGAGAGGAUAGAUAGGUGGGAGCAGCAUUAUGUACAGAUUUGAAAGCAUCUACUUAUUAGUCCCCAGUCUAGCUUGGAUGCCUUCAAAUCAGGUGUUUUCAAAGGACAAGUCCAAGCACCAUAACCACUACAGAAUGCUAUACUGGUUAAAAUGCCAGGAGUACAUUGGCGCCACCCCAAUGUAAGUGGUCAGACUGUUUUCCAAUGGUUCUUAGAUUGGUCUGCUGGGCGCAGUCUCACUCUCCUCACAAUUAGAAGCUGCCAACCAUUAGCUAAUCAAUAAGAAUGGUUCGCUGACACUCUCAGCCAAUAACCUGGCCUCUAGGAGAGCUAAUGGAAGUUCCUAACCGGAUUUUCAGGCUCUCACUUCUGGCUGUUAGAAGGUGGGGAGCAGCACCUGGCGUAUCCCAUGUAAGAAGUCAAACUGUUUGAAAACUGGGCACUUUAGUGGUUACGUUUCUUGUAGAGGUCCUUUAAUCUUGUUCCCAUGUCUGCACUGAGUUUUAUUUAUUAUUAUUAGAGUCAUCAUAGAUAAAACUAAUCUUUCAAGCUGUGUGUUAAAUUCACAGUAAAUUGAUUUACAAUAAUAAACUCACAUUGUAUGUGUUUCUCUCUAUCUCUGCAGUAUUAUAUUGAGAAGAGGAGAGAAUAGCAUUGCUCCAUCCAUUGUGUUUGCAUUGUAUGUAUUUUUUGUGUUGGUAGAGGGGAUACCACACGGGUGUUUGAGCUACUGUAGUCACUCACUGUGCCAUUUGUAUUUGUUGUUCACAUUGUAUGGGCUAAAAUAAUAUGAGUGAGACAAACAAAUGCAAAUGUCAUCCCACUGCUUAGCUUUGUGACGUGAAUAAUAUAUACAGCAUAUAAACUGUAUGUAUGGGUUGGUAGAACAGAAUGCCCCAUCUGAACGUUUACAGACAAAUUUCGACCAUACUUCCAUCAGCCCCCAAUGUGCCAGGUAGCCCGAGCCCCCAAGUAAGGUUUUUUGGGUAUCACACAUUGAGCACGGGUAGGUAAAUGAUUAACUCACCUGUGCUGAAAGAGAGGUAUCCUGAAAAUCUUUAAAUCUUUUUGGAUCUCAGGGGCUGGUCCUGCCACCACUUAAUGCCCGGUCACUCUACAUUCCCCGAGGGGUGUUAGCGAUGUAAGCUUUCACACCAUUAAAUCAUGCAAUAGUUACAGUAAGUGUCAUAUUGAAUAUGGAGGAUCAUUAUAUGAUGGAUUGGUAACCAAUUUCUCCUCAUAAUGUAUUUUUCUAGGAUGAGAGGAACCAGAUUCUGAUGGCCUAUUUGUGGAUCCGACAGGUGUGGUUUGAUGCCUACCUGCGCUGGAACAAGGACGAUUAUGAUGGGCUUGAUACUAUCCGUAUACCUAGCAGUUAUGUAUGGAGACCUGAUAUUGUCCUAUAUAACAAGUAGGUCGGAUGGGUGUUGAGAGCCAUCAGUUCGAUUCCUAUCACUUUUCCAGCCUGGGCUCAGGCAAAGACCUUUACUUCUUCCGUUUCACCUCCAUCAUAAACUACCAUGUCUUGAUCACAUAACUCCAUAGAGAGCUCCUGACCUUGUUAGCGGCUUCCACAUGGUUUACGAUAGUGACAGGUUAUAGAACUCUUUUUAAUCGAGUUCUAAGGAAAGUCACUAAAAGUCCUCGCUAUCUGAAACGCCAAGGCUAAACAGGUCUGGGUAGUCCUGCAUCACUAAAUACUCUAAUCAAGUAAGUAGGUUAAAAACAUAUUAAUCCAUUUUAGAAAAGGCGGACUUCAAGUGGAUUGUUGAUAAAUACUCUUCUAGAGCUAGAUGAAUGAUAGGAUUUGAUAAUGGGUUGAUAACAGGAGGAUAGGGAAGGAGGUGUAAAUACUUUCCAUCACUUCACAUGAACAAAGAGGAACUUUAAUUUUAGGGGUGGGAGAGGAAGUGUCGACAAGGACGGAGCUGGUCUGAGUGUGAGUGGAGGUGUGGACAAGGAUGGAGCUGUUCUGAGUGUGAGUGGAGGUGUGAACCGGUGCAGAGCUGAUCUGAGAUAUUUUAGAUGACUUAAUAAUAGCAAAUUCUAGGACUUAUUUACACAGACUGACUGCCUUUGCCAUGGGGAAUAUAGGGGGUUAGGGGCGGCCCUGAAACACCUAACCUGGGCAUAAGGAUGACAUCUUUUAAACUCUCUGUCAUCUCAGGCCGGGUACUAGGUGUCUACCUAUGCUGAUUUAUGGCUAAUCCAGCUCUGUGUACCAAAAAUUGCAUAUAUUUUUUAAUGUAUAUAAUUAAUUAUUGCAAAAAAAUGCAUUUACUAAAAUUUGCACAAGGACUUCUUAAACACUAAAAUGAACCUUUCAUUAGCUACGGAACUGGCAGCUAAUGGAACCCCCCUUGCAGUCCAGCACUUACUUCCUUGUUAGUACAAAACAUUGUCCAAUCAAUGCCUGAAGCACGGAGGAUAAUUCUUCAAUCCAAGUUUGUCAAAGAGACGGGUGGUUUUAUUGGAAUGUGGAGAUUUAUAGAAAGAUUUAAGUUGAUCUAAGAAGGGCCGCAGAAACAUGGUCUUUGCACUAUAACAACCUCAAAAGGAUGGAGUGAUUAUGGUGCUUAGCAUGUCCCUUUAAGAUGUGACCAUCCCAGGUAACAGAUCACAGAUGUUAGAUGAAAGUCUGAUUAGGUACCAUCUAACAGGAUCGGAUUCUCGGCUUGUCUCGUGAAACCCCACACUGAUCUAGGUGCUAGGCUCUCCAUUAUUUAGGAUGGAGGUCUAAGGUCAGGGUAGGAUGCCAACUGAUAUAAAAUGAUACAAGCAGGAUAAAAUGAAGAGGUAAUUUCAGGCCAUUGGAGUAAAUUCUUAAAAAGACCCAACGAAGAAAGUAAAAAGUUACAAACUGUUAGCUAGUAUGGUGUAAGCAGGAAGGAGCAGCAUAGAUCAGUUUGUGUAUAUGUGUCUCUCCCCUGAUUUAGCAGUUCCAGUUCCCAUUUUGUUCCUUAGGUAGCACAGCGCAAGUGCAGGGCUGGAUUUCCCAUAAGGCCUCAGGGCAGACCUGCUGGAACCGUGCAUCGUUCGUGGUACACCAGGAGUGCUCGGGUCGGGCGAGAAGGAGAAAUAGCACUUUCCCCUUCUUCCCCGGCACACAUAGCAGCAUGUCCUCUCUACCCCGCAAGUAGCCGAAGGAAGGGCAGGAUAGCGUGCGGAAAUGUCGUCUGCGUAAUAGCCCCCCACUACCUCCUGUACCACCGGCUGCCUUCAGUUACAGCAGAAGAAGGGAGCAACUGCUAGAGGGUACAGAGGAGUACAAUAAAGGGAGUAAGUGGUGGAUGGGAUGAAUAUGAGAACAAUUGUGUGAGGAAUAAUGACUAGGGUACACGUGAGGGAAGGGGAAACAAGAAGUGGGGAUGAGGAAAAGAGCAGGGGAAAGAAUACGGGAACAAGUGAAGGAAGAUGGGACCGACUAGAGGGGAACAACUGGAGAACGAGAGGGUUAGGGGGAUAUGGACAUAAUCUGGGAGAGGGAGAGAGGAACACAUGUGAGGGAGAAAUAAAUGAAUCGAGGGGGAUGGAGAAAAAUACAGAGGGGCAGAUGGGAAUUGGAAACUAAAUACACCCAUAUGCACACUAAAUACCCCUACAUAUACACUAAAUAUUCCCACAUAUACACUAAAUACUCCCACAUAUACACUAAAUAUUCCCACAUAUACAUUAAAUAUUCCCACAUAUACACUAAAUACCCCCACAUAUACAUUAAAUACCCACACAUAUAUACUAAAUUCCCCCACAUGCACACUAAAUACCUCCAUAUGCACACUAAAUACCUCCACAUAUACACUAAAUACCCCACAUGCACACUAAAUACCCCCACAUAUAUACUAAAUACCCCACAUGCACACUAAAUACCCCCCAUAUACACUAAAUACCCCAUAUAUACACUAAAUACCCCCACAAAUACACUAAAAAUACCCCACAUAUACACAAAAUACCCCCACAUUUACAUUAAAUACCCCACAUAUACACUAAAUACCCCCACACAUACAAUAAAUAACCCACAUAUACACUAAAUACUCACACAUAUACACUAAAUACCCCACAUGCACACAAAAUACCCCACAUAUACACUAAAUACCCCACAUGCAUACGAAAUACCCUCACAUAUUCACUAAAUACCCCACAUGCACAUGAAAUACCCCACAUAUACACUAAAUACCCCACAUGCACACUAAAUACCCCACAUAUACACUAAAUACCCCACAUGCACACGUAAUACCCCACAUAUACACUAAAUACCCUCACAUAUACACUAAAUACCCCACAUGCACAUGAAAUACCCUCAGAUAUACACCAAAUACCCCACAUGCACAUGAAAUACCCUCAGAUAUACACCAAAUACCCCACAUGCACACAAAAUACCCCACAUAUACACUAAAUACCCCACAUGCAUACGAAAUACCCCACAUAUACACUAAAUACCCCCACAUAUACACUAAAUACCCCACAUGCACAUGAAAUACCCCACAUGCACACAAAAUACCCCACAUAUACACUAAAUACCCCACAUGCACACGAAAUACCCCACAUAUACACUAAAUACCCCACAUGCACACAAAAUACCCCACAUAUACACUAAAUACCCUCACAUAUACACUAAAUACCCCACAUAUACACUAAAUACCCUCACAUAUACACUAAAUACCCCACAUGCACACUAAAUACCCCACAUAUACACUAGAUACCCCACAUGCACACUAAAUACCCCACAUAUACCCUAGAUACCCCACAUGCACAAUAAAUACCCCCACAUGCACACUAAAUCACUAAAUAACCCAUGUGACACUAAAUUCCUCCCACAUGCACACUAAAUACAAUCUGUGUUGAAUAUCCAUUUACUUCCAGAUUGCGUCGUUAUAUGGCAGUGCUGUAAUCGUUAGGAGGUAUGUAAUCCCCUGUUCUGUGUCUGUUGGGAGGUAUGUAAUCCCCUGUUCUGUGUCUGUUGGGAGGUAUGUAAUCCCCUGUUCUGUGUCUGUUGGGAGGUAUUUAAUACCCUGUUCUGUGUCUGUUGGGAGGUAUGUAAUCCCCUGUUCUGUGUCUGUUGGGAGGUAUGUAAUCCCCUGUUCUGUGUCUGUUGGGAGGUAUGUAAUCCCCUGUUCUGUGUCUGUUGGGAGGUAUGUAAUCCCCUGUUCUGUGUCUGUUGGGAGGUAUGUAAUCCCCUGUUCUGUGUCUGUUGGGAGGUACGUAAUCCCCUGUUCUGUGUCUGUUGGGAGGUGUGUAAUCCCCUGUUCUGUGUCUGUUGGGAGGUAUGUAAUCCCCUGUUCUGUGUCUGUUGGGAGGUAUGUAAUCCCCUGUUCUGUGUCUGUUGGGAGGUGUGUAAUCCCCUGUUCUGUGUCUGUUGGGAGGUAUGUAAUCCCCUGUUCUGUGUUUGUUGGGCGGUACGUAAUCCCCUUUUCUGUGUCUGUUGGGAGGUACGUAAUCCCCUGUUCUGUGUCUGUUGGGAGGUACGUAAUCCCCUGUUCUGUGUUUGUUGGGAGGUACGUAAUCCCCUUUUCUGUGUCUGUUGGGAGGUAUGUAAUCUCCUGUUCUGUGCUUGUUGGGCGGUAUGUAAUCCCCUGUUCUGUGUCUGUUGUGAGGUAUGUAAUCCCCUGUUCUAUGUUUGUUGGGAGGUAUAUGAUCCCCUGAGUUCUGUUGCAUCACUUCGCACCCCACCACCAAUAGGUAUCAUGUGCCAUUGAAGGACAGGAGAUUCUAGCCGUUUUCUGUGCUGUACUAAGUAAGUCAUAUUAUAAUAUCAUUCAGUAUGCAUGGCCAGGCUUUAUUAACUGAACUGGCGAUUGUGGAACGCUAACCAUCUAUUUUACCAGCUUGAGAUCAGAGUUAUUUUCAGUAUCGUGAGAGGUAUCUAAUGGUGACACAGACAGAUGUGAUACUAUUCUUUCCUGGUUAACCUUUUAACAUCCAGAGAGUUAAACAUGGCAUUGUAGAGCAUUGUAUUGCUUGCUGUCAUGGUGUGGUUAGGGUUUAAGGGUCACUAUAGGGUCAGGAACACAAACAUGUAACCCUGGGCCCCUCAUGCUAUAGUAACAACCUUACUGUAUUCAAGCCUGAAGCUGUAGAUCUGCAUGCUGUUUGCCUCAAAAAACAACAAUCAGUCUGCUGACAUCAUCAGAAGUGGUAACCUGAUCCAAUCACAAUGCUUCCCCACAGGAUUGGCUGAGACUGACAAAGAGGCAGAUCAGGGGUAGAGCAGCAUGAUUCAAACACAGCCCUGGCCAAUCAGCAUCUCCUUAUAUAGAUGAAUUGAAUCAAUGAAUCUCUGUGAGGAAAGUUCAGUGUCUGCAUGCAGAGAUACGGAAUGUUUGGAUGCAUUUUAGGCAGCCAUGACGCAGGAAGGAUCUCGAACAUCUGAGGAGUGGCCAGUGAAGUUAUCACUAGGCUGUAAUGUAAACACUGCAUUUUCUCUGAAAAGACAGUAUUUACAGCAAAAAGCCUGAUGGUAAUGAUUCUACUCACCAGAACAAAUUCAAUAAGCUGUAGUUGUUCUGGUGACUAUAGUGUCCCUUCAAUACAUCCAGCUUAUAGAGAUGCAUGCAGCAGGGAUCUCUUUGGUUCUGAGCAGCCCUGUAAUGUGUAUUGUUUAGAAUGGUCUGUUACUGUAAUAGUGCGUAUUUUAUAAAUACUGACUGCUACAGUAUCUCUAUGUUUUAUACAUUCUGCUGUAUGAACAGGUACCAUGUAGCACCAUUGACCUGCAUUAUGUAGAGCGUCACCCAAUGAAUCUCAUACAUAAAGCUACAGACAGAUGAUUCCAGUUAAAUAUCCAGAAAGUUAAAAAAAACUGCACCACAAUCUAUCUUCAGCUUUCAUUCUGGACUCUGUAUCCUGAGCCACCGUAUUGUGCACCAUAGCUGGGGCCCUGUGUGAAAGCAGACAUGGCCCAGUGUUAGAUAUCAGUGAUGGUGGGACUCCCAGGGAACAUACUCUGCUGUCGUCCGCUGAGUGACCAUCAGUGAGAUACAACAUGCUAGCUGUCCAUUAAAUGGAGGCGAUUGUUAUGCGGCAGGUCCAACACCUGAGUCAUCAUUACAUGGUUAUCACAGAUCACUUGGUAGCCUACUGCUUGGGUUACCCAGUUUAACAAUUGCUGGUAUUUCAGAUACCAGUUCGUCCGUUUCCUCCUGAACUUCUAGAGGCUGAGUGAUUAUAGCUCGCAGUUCGGGUGUUGUUUCGAACGUUCUCCACAUGAAAUACAGCAUCCAAGUAUAUUCCCCAGGUAAAUCAGAUGGAGACGCAAACAUCAGCCUAGACUAGAUGAAGGGUGCAACAGGAAUUCAUUUAUUCAGGCCAACUGGCCGGAUUAUAUGCAGUUACAAAUGUAUAGGGUUUACGGUGGCAUUCCCCACUGGACCUGAGAGGGGACAAGGACAAAAUACAUUCUGCCGUUACAUUGGCUCUCAGGUCCAGGACACUGCUACAUAAAAUAAUAUAAUCCGUCACCUGUGCCUGGGAGAUAAUUGAGUCAAGCACUAUACUAGACUCAAUUAUUUCCAAACAAAAAACACACAUUCACAAACCCCCGAAAGUACCCCAAACCCCAUGGAAACCCCACAAAAGGCAUAUCCUGCUGGGAACCAAAGUUUUGGAGUGACACUUAAGUAUAGAACUGAAACAUACUGAGGUAAAAUAAGUCCCAAAAUGUAAUAAUAGUGCAGAAAAAGUGUAAAAAUUAAUUACUAAAUUAGACUAUACCUACGCAUACCAAUGCUUGGAUACUGUAGAUUACAUUUAUUAAUGCUUGGGAUACAAUGCGUGGUAUGUCUACCAAAUACAAAAAAAAAAUUUGGGGUGGUAUUUUGUAGACAUGCCACGCAUUGUAUCCCAAGCAUUACUAAAGGUAAUCUACAGUAUCCAAGUGUCACUCCAAAACUUUGGUUCCCAGCAGGAACACCUCUUCGCUACUGCAUAUAUAGGGUCAGGCCCUUUAUUUUGGAGGACGUACCAUAAGGGACCUUACCUUAUCUAUAAUCUGUAUAUCCCCUAAUAGCCCUGAUCUGAGGGACCAACAUAUUCAAAAAUCACCCAGAUCGGUUCAGGGAUUCGUGAGUUCCAUGGCAGUCUUAAUUUGACCGACCGUGCACAUGGUCCUAUGCUCAAAACCUACCAAAUAGCGCUCUCCUGGCUGGUAGGUGAAAAGAAGCAGGCAUUCGCGAAAUUGACCAGCAUUCGGGAAGUCGAGUGUCUGGAACUAAAAUCAGACACUCGACUUCCCGAAUGCUGGUCAAUUUCGCCCCUUUACGUGCAACAAGAUGGCUGUCGUUUUCUCCCGCAUGUGGCGUUCAGCUUUACGAACGGCAGCCACACAGAGAGAGCACUUAGUCUACUGUGUUCUUUGUAGUUAAUGAGCCAGGGGGUUGUCGGUGUUCGGUAGUUUUAUUUAUCAAAUGAAGAAAAAUCUAAAUUAUCGAACACAAAGAGUAGUUUCUUCACACCCAGCUAUAACUAAUGAUAUCACAGACUAUGUGGCUUACUGCUGGGGUUACCCAGCUUUAACUAAUGAUAGGCACCUAAAAAACGCAAGAGCCAGAGACCACCCGUGUGCUUGUUAAGCCCAAUUGACACCUUAUAACGAGUUCCACCGUAGUGUUCUAAUUCUUUGCCUGGGUGGCCGCAAUUCGCAUGAAAGACCAUGAGGUGGUGGCCAUCUUGUUUGCAUGAAUGGAGGCAGCGGUGUUUGGUCGUCGAGUUCAUGGAACUGAAAUUGGACACUGAAACUCCCAGACACUCCUGGACUUCCAUAAGCGCCUGCGUUCGGUUCUAUACAAUUUAGAAGGGCACUGUUCGGUGGAUUCAUUCCCACGAACAAGGUGAACAAGCUACACAUGUUAAUUAUGGAUUCCUUUUGGUAUUUUAUGCACUUUUAUACCCCCCAAAGAUACUGACCAUUAGCACUGAUUUCAUGAAACUGUUUUGGGCAUAGAACCAUGUGUGUGGUCGGUCAAAUAAUUUACUUCCAAGUUAAAAACGAACCACUAAACCGAUCUGGGUGAUUUUUGGAUAUGUUGGUCACCCAGAUCGGGGCUAUCUGAGAAUGUGGGGUUUCUAUGGAUUUUGGGGGUACUUUUGGGAUGUUUAUAAAUUGUAUGUUUUUUGUGCGUGAGGGAUAAUUUAAUUAUAUGUUUGCUUCUCAAAUAAUUAUCUCUCAGGCACAAAGGAUCAUGGGAGGGAUUCCCCUGUAUUCUUGUAUUGGAAACCACUUGCAGGGGCUUUUGCAUAAAAGGCUGUGUGUAGACUCUAAUAAACAGAUGACUCCCAGCAUUAAGCCUUGGCUUAUGUGUGGGGGAAGCAGCUACACUGCUAUGUCACUUGCUCUUUUACUGGCUAUACAGCGAUACUCCUUUGGAAGAGAGUUCUUCCCACUGGGAGCUGGAUCCAUGUGUUUGGUCCAGGGUGGAAAGGGACGGUGAAACGCCAGCCAAGCUGCGGCAGCUAAGGGGGCUACAGUGGUUAUGGUGUGUGGUGCUUUCGGUACUUGGUGAGCACUAGGAAGCGUGAUUGGCGGAGGUACCCAGUGAUUGGCGGUCCGCCACACCCAGCUAUAACUAAUGAUAUCACAGAUCACGUGGUCUACUGCUGGCGUUACUCAGCUAUACCUAAUGAUAUCACAGAUCACGUGGCCUGCUGCUGGGAUAACCCAGCUGUGGCGAACCGACUGGCACCCCAACUGGGUGCCUCCGCCAAUCGAUGCUUCCUAGUGCUCACCAAGUACUCCAAGCACUCCACCAUACACCAUAAUUACCGUAAAUCCCGCAGCCAGCGUUACAGUUUGGUUGGGAUCUCACUGUUCUUCACCCACCCUGGACUCAAGACAAGGAUCCAGCUUCCAGUGGGUAGUCCGCUCCCAAUCCAGAGAGUAAAGCAGGAAAGCUCUUACAAGAGCUAGUGCUUAUAAUCCAAGGGAGUAUAAUGAGUAUAGCAAUCCCCAGAGUGAAUAUAGCUGUUCCCUCCACACAUAGCUGUUCCCUCCACACAUAGCUGUUCCCUCCACCCAUGCAAGGGGUUUCAUAAUACAUAUUCCAGGGGCAUUCCCCACUAGACCUGAGAGGGGACUAUGUCAAAGUACACAGUGUAAUGACAUUGGCUCUCCAAUCCCUCCCCUGAGCCUGAGAGAUAAUUGAGUCAGGAACUGUACUAAACUCAAUUAUCUCCAGGCACAGAAAACAUACAUUUUACAAUAUCCCGAAAGUACCCCCAAAACACAUGGAAAUCCCAGAAAAAGUCACAUCCCCUGAUAGCCCCGAUCUGGGGGACCAACAUAUCCAUAAAUCACCCAGAUCAGUCCAGGGGUUUGGGAUUUCCAUGGAAGUCAUAGUUUUGACCGACCGUGCACAUGGUCCUAUGGUCACAUGGCCCUAUGCCCAAAACAGUUCCAGGGAAUUAGGGCUAACAGUCGGUCUCUGUUUCUGGAGUACAAAAGUACAUAAAUCACAUAUGUUUUUAAACGGCCUAUAGUCUUUUGGCAAGUGGCUGGCCAGCAGGCCCCUCUAAGAGCCAGUGGCUAGGUUACAUUCGCCACACCAGCUAUAACUAAUGAUAUCACAGAUCCCAUGGCCUGCUCCUGGGGUUACUCAACUAUAACUGAUAUUGAUAUUACAAAUCACGUGGUGGCCUACUGCUGGGGUCAUCCCACUAUAAGUAGUGAUAUCUCUCUGUACCUUGACAUUUGAUGUAAUUAUCCUCCUGCAUCUUCCCUUCUCUGAGAAAUCGACAUGGACUCCGGCUGAACGGGACACUCCCAGUCUAUUUAUGGCUCAGUACUAUUUCACCCGCAGUAAAUGGAAAUACGAUCUCUUCAAAAUAUGUAUUCACAGUUUCCAUAGAGUUGGCAAGCUAUGGAAAGGAGGGGUAUUGUUAGGGUAACCCAGACAGUUAUGAUGUUCUACAGUUAGGACAGUUAUGGUUAAGGCUUUGAUUAGAAUUUGGUUUAGGAUUCGAGAGAGACUAAAUGAGUUUCAUGACAUUCAGGUUGCGUGUUGGGUUAGGCUUAGUGAAACAUGUUAGAUUAGGGUUAGAAUCAGAUUUAGGGCUAGUCUAGAAUUUUAUUCCAUGACAGGAGGCGAAUAUUUUCCAGUUCUCUCUUUACUGAACUCCAAUAGCAGCAGCGAUCAUAACACAAACUACUAACCAAUCAAAACCAAGCAUGAGGAGGCUGUAUAAGCUCUGACUAGAACACACACCCUCUUUCUUUGCUGCUACUUGCCAAGUGCUCAGGUCAAAAUAUUAUACAUAUACAUUUUCUUUUGAUAUUAUAAGUUGUCUCCAUAUUAAUUUUAUUAUUGUCUUGUAUUAUUGUCUUUUAUUAGUUUGCGUCCCUUCCCCUGGGAGGGAAACAUGUAAAGCAUGUAAUGUGUAAUGCACAAUUGUGACAAAUGCUCCUUACCCUGGACGUUUGUCACGAACUCCUGGAGGAGCUUGCUAGCUAGUCUCCUGCCCAAGGACUAUUGGCCACAUACAAAGACCCUGUUCAGGAGUUAAAUCUCCCCAGCCUCCAUUAGCAGCUUUCCCUACGUACUCUGGUUCAGCACUUUCCCUUCAUUCGAAUGGAACUGAACACUAGCUCCCUGGCGGGCAUUCAAAUGAAGAAACUCAUGAAUUGAAUUCAACGGUACUUAGCCGCAAAUGUUAUGGAACUAAAUUCGGCAUGAGGACUUUGUGGGUUCCCAGUCACCUCAGUGGGUGCGAAUGUUAUGUUAGCCACAAAUGUUAUGGAACUGUUUUCCGCAUGAGGUGACGUCUCCCGAACAACUUGGUCCGGGUUUUGAACGACUUUGAAGUCCGCCAGAAGAGCCAUUUUGGAGGGAUGGUGCCUGAAACUGAGGGGAUCAAACGCUACCUAAGAGCCAGGCGGAGCACCCCAUAUUGUGGCCACAGGAGCUGACAAAAGUUGACCGGCAAACACACCAAACGCCCUGGAACUGUUUUGGGCAUAGGAUCAUGUUUGCUGCCGACUUUGACACUUUGGUGUUUCCCCUACACUACAUGGAUCUGAGCGCUAACUUGGGCUAUAAUCACUACUGCGCUUGGCACUCUGGAGAUUUAUAACAGAUAUACUCAGUCGGAGUAUAGGGGAUCCGUUACAGCAAUUUUCAAUUAAAUGAGUGCUUCGCUCACCAUCCACACGUGUUUUUGGACAUGCUGGUCGGCGGAGCCACAAGCUGCUUCUGGACAACCAGUCGCAGGGCAAGCCCUCCAUCAGCCUCCUUCUUCCCAGGAACUGCUACAUGGACUACCUCCUUCCAGAGAAAAACUAAUAGAGCCAGAGGCUCCCAAGGCAGAGGGCAUGUACAUUUCUCCGCCUCUCCUUAAUGCAUUCUUCUUAGGCAUUGAUGGUCGGUAGGCUGUCUGUAUUCUUUCAGGAAUGUGUGGAGAUAUCCUCAGAUGUAUGUGUCUUUCGAGAAUCUUUGAGAAUCGCUGGGUACCGUGGUCAACAGAGAAAAGUCAGCUUUGACGAACACUCAUGUAGUUCAGUUUCUAGGUUUCCAAAUUGACUCCAGGAACUGCGUUCUUCGUCUACCUCAAUCAAAAAUCGCCACUGUCCAAAAAUAAAUACAUUGCCUUCUUCAACUAGAUCAGAUCCCUCUCUUCCUUCUGGCACUUGUAGUGCAUCUUCUUUUAGCAUCCAUACAGGCUGUCUACCCAGAACCCCUUCACUACAGGGCCAUGCAAUGGCUUAAAGCCUCAGUACUAGGCAUUCAUAUGAUCACAUGAUACCUCUUAGUUCGGACGUUCCCUUGGAACUUCAAUGGUAGCAUCUCCACAUGUAAAGCAAUGCAAAUCAAUUUUUUUUUCGAGGGCUUGGGUCUCUGGGGCUGGAGAACUCACCAUACCGGGUCUUCCAUGGUAGACCCUGGUCAGAUAGAGAAGUCUGGCUUCAUAUCAACUUCCUCAAAUUGAUCAUGUGUUACAUGAUCCACAGCCUAGGCAGGAAUCUCAUUGACUGUUGUAUAUUACUUCAGAUGGACAAUAUCUCAGCUGUCCGGUCCAUUAAUUGUUUAGGAGGAGCAUGAUCUAAGACACUAUCAGACAUUACAUUUUUCUCUGUCCUGAUUUUUUAGGUGUAUCUUAUAUUUCAUAUUUGCAUUUUGAGGAUCUUUUGAGGAACCCUCUUGUUAUUACCUGACUUGUAAGGGAAGUAAUUACCUUUAUUGUAAUUUUUUAUGCUGCACCUGGGUGGUAUACAUUUGUGUAUAUAUAUACUAUCAGACAUUACAAAGGACAGCUAUCAAAUUUUUCUUUGACCACAACACUUUCAAGGCAGAAUUCCUUCUGACAGUGGAUUGGCUCUCCAAACACUGGUGGGACAGCAGCAAUUGAAAGCUGACGGACUUAGUAUUUCAACUCCUCUUCCAGAUGCCAGGUCCUUUCAUGCUGGACCUCUUUGCCUCCAUGACCAACACCAGCUACUGACAUCCUACAGCUGCCUCAUGGAUCGGAAGGCGCUGCUGUGGACUCUAGUGGAGGACGUGAUGUAAGCUCAGCAUGACAGGACUCCACAGAAAUACGGCCGCAGGAUGAGGCUGAGUAAUACAUUUCCCAUCAUACCCCGGAAGAGGUUUGCGACGCAUCAUUUCCAGGCGACGCACGUGACCUUGAAAAUCAGGAAGUCGAACAGCACACCAGAUUCCACUAAUGGAGCAUAGACUGCAUAUAUAAACUGGGACACUUCUUAAGAAGCCCAACCUGGGUAAAACGCAUCAAGUGGAACUGGGGCACUUUGUUUUUUUGAUUUUAAAAUAAAUAGGCCCUAAAGUAAAAUGAUGGGGGGACCUAUUGUCCUCCCCCCGGCCCCCACCCCUGAGCGGCAGGUGGGGGCCCUACAGUAAAAUAAGGGGGGGGACCUAAUGUCCUCCCCCCUGGCCCCCACCCCUGAGUGGUGGGUGGGGGCCCUAAAUACUAAUAAGGGGGGACCUAAUGUCCUCCCCCCUGGCCCCUACCCAUGAGCAGCGGGUGGGGGCCCUAAAUACCAAUGGGGGGGGACCUAUUGUCCUCCCCCCGGCCCCCACCCCUGAGCGGCAGGUGGGGGCCCUACAGUAAAAUAAGGGGGGGGGACCUAAUGUCCUCCCCCCUGGCCCCCACCCCUGAGUGGUGGGUGGGGGCCCUAAAUACUAAUAAGGGGGGACCUAAUGUCCUCCCCCCGGCCCCUACCCCUGAACGGCGGGUGGGGGCCCUAAAUUGGAAUAAGGGGGGGACCUAAUGUCCUCCCCCUGGCCCCCACCCCUGAACAGCGGGUGGGGGCCCUAAAUACCAAUAGGGGGGGACCUAUUGUCCUCCCCCCGGCCCCCACCCCAGAGCGGCGGGUGGGGGCCCUAAAAAAAUGUUACCCCCCCAGAUGACUAGGGGUCCCCUAACCCCUAGUCACCCCCUCCCCCCCAAAAAAAAAUGAACCCCCUACCUACCCCCUUCACCCUAAAAAUAAUGAGUGGGGGACCUUUAACUAAGUAUCUGUAAAAAACAUUAAACUUACCAUUCGAUGUUUUCUUUCUUCUAAAAUCUUUUUUCAGCCCCAAAAAAGGCCAAAUAAAAAAUCCAUAAUAACCGACGCAAUUAAUUAAAAAAUAAAAAUAAAUCCAUCUUCACCCGGCGAGGGCUCCGUGCAGACUGAGCUCUGCAGGGCGGGGGAAGGCUAUUAAAUGGCCACAUCUGCGGAUGACCACAGUGGUUUCUUGAAUUUUUUCCUUUUACUGACAAGCCUAAUGCAAUUUUCUGUUGCCUUCAGUAGUGCAACUUUUAAAUAAUCCAAUUUCUCUUGGACUCCAUUUAAAUUGCUCCAGUCUGAUAAUGACUCCUUUACACAUAUUCUAAUGUUAGAAAAGUCUGUUUUUCUAAAGUCUAAAACUUUUGUUUUUGUGUGGUGUGACUCAGUCACUGUUCUUAUAUUAAACCACACUGACUGAUGAUCACUGGAUCCUAGACUUUCACCUACAGUAAUAUCUGAUACCAAAUCUCCAUUUGUUAACACUAAAUCUAGUAUGGCCUCUUUACGAGUUGGUUCCUCAACGACUUGUUUUAGAGACAAUCCCAGUAGGGAGUUUAGAAUACAGGGAGUGCAGAAUUAUUAGGCAAAUUAGUAUUUUGACCACAUCAUCCUCUUUAUGCAUGUUGUUUUACUCCAAGCUGUAUAGGCUCGAAAGCCUACUACCAAUUAAGCAUAUUAGGUGAUGUGCAUCUCUGUAAUGAGAAGGGGUGUGGUCUAAUGACAUCAACACCCUAUAUCAGGUGUGCAUAAUUAUUAGGCAACUUCCUUUCCUUUGGCAAAAUGGGUCAAAAGAAGGACUUGACAGGCUCAGAAAAGUCAAAAAUAGUGAGAUAUCUUGCAGAGGGAUGCAGCACUCUUAAAAUUGCAAAGCUUCUGAAGCGUGAUCAUCGAACAAUCAAGCGUUUCAUUCAAAAUAGUCAACAGGGUCGCAAGAAGCGUGUGGAAAAACCAAGGCGCAAAAUAACUGCCCAUGAACUGAGAAAAGUCAAGCGUGCAGCUGCCACGAUGCCACUUGCCACCAGUUUGGCCAUAUUUCAGAGCUGCAACAUCACUGAGUGCCCAAAAGCACAAGGUGUGCAAUACUCAGAGACAUGGCCAAGGUAAGAAAGGCUGAAAGACGACCACCACUGAACAAGACACACAAGCUGAAACGUCAAGACUGGGCAAAGAAAUAUCUCAAGACUGAUUUUUCUAAGGUUUUAUGGACUGAUGAAAUGAGAGUGAGUCUUGAUGGGCCAGAUGGAUGGGCCAGAUGGAUGGGCCCGUGGCUGGAUUGGUAAAGGGCAGAGAGCUCCAGUCCGACUCAGACGCCAGCAAGGUGGAGGUGGAGUACUGGUUUGGGCUGGUAUCAUCAAAGAUGAGCUUGUGGGGCCUUUUCGGGUUGAGGAUGGAGUCAAGCUCAACUCCCAGUCCUACUGCCAGUUCCUGGAAGACACCUUCUUCAAGCAGUGGUACAGGAAGAAGUCUGCAUCCUUCAAGAAAAACAUGAUUUUCAUGCAGGACAAUGCUCCAUCACACGCGUCCAAGUACUCCACAGCGCGGCUGGCAAGAAAGGGUAUAAAAGAAGAAAAUCUAAUGACAUGGCCUCCUUGUUCACCUGAUCUGAACCCCAUUGAGAACCUGUGGUCCAUCAUCAAAUGUGAGAUUUACAAGAAGGGAAAACAGUACACCUCUCUGAACAGUGUCUGGGAGGCUGUGGUUGCUGCUGCACGCAAUGUUGAUGGUGAACAGAUCAAAACACUGACAGAAUCCAUGGAUGGCAGGUUUUUGAGUGUCCUUGCAAAGAAAGGUGGCCAUAUUGGUCACUGAUUUGUUUUUGUUUUGUUUUUGAAUGUCAGAAAUGUAUAUUUGUGAAUGUUGAGAUGUUAUAUUGGUUUCACUGGUAAUAAUAAAUAAUUGAAAUGGGUAUAUAUUUGUUUUUUGUUAAGUUGCCUAAUAAUUAUGCACAGUAAUAGUCACCUGCACACACAGAUAUCCCCCUAACAUAGCUAAAACUAAAAACAAACUAAAAACUACUUCCAAAAUAUUCAGCUUUGAUAUUAAUGAGUUUUUUGGGUUCAUUGAGAACAUGGUUGUUGUUCAAUAAUAAAAUUAAUCCUCAAAAAUACAACUUGCCUAAUAAUUCUGCACUCCCUGUACAUCAUAGCAAAACCUCUGAACUGCUCACUGAAAACAUUUGUUCCCUUUUGUGAAAGAUGCAAACCAUCUUUUUUGUACAGUUUAUUUCCAUUCCAAACAGAGCUACCAUGAGAAAUAAAGCCAAAUCCUUGCUCCCGACACCAUUCAUCAAGCCACAAGUUAAAGUCCCUAAUACGCAUCCGCCUGUCGUUCUGAGUGUUAUGCACAGGCAGAACUUCAGAGAAUGACAGUGUGGAAGCAACCUGCCGUAUAUCAUUGGCAAAAACACUAAAACUUCCUUAACCUCUGAAACCUCAUUGCAAGCCAAGUCAUUUGUCCCUAGAUGGACAAGUACAUCCAAUUCCCCUUCCUGCUUUGCUCGCUUAACAAUAUUACAGAUACGUCUCCUGUCUCUGUGAGCAGUAGCUCCAGGAAGACACCUCACAAGACCACCAUUGUCCAUCUCCACACCUCUUAUAAUGGAAUCCCCACAACAACAACUGCUUUCUAUUAGGCCUCACCAUAGUCUCCAAGCCUGUCUCCACAACACCACUACCCUCGGUGCCUGAGCCUGUCUCCAUAACACCACUAGCCUCAGUGCUUAAGCACGUCUCCACAACACCACUAGCCUCAGUGCCUGAACCUGUCUCCACAACACCACUACCCUCAUUGCCUCUCUCCACAACACCACUACCCUCAGUGCCUGUCUCCAUAACACCAUUACACUCUGAAAGUGCAGAAAAUGAAUUAUGUAGAGCAACAGACUGUGCAAAAUGCCUUUUAUCCACAACUCUAAGUCUUCCAGAUCCUACAGUAAUCCAUCUGCCGUUCCUAGUAUGUCUCUGCGGCAGUGGCUUUGCAGCAGUUCCAGCCUGAAUUUGUUUACCAGAUAAUUUACAAAUCUCAGACUUAAAAAAUACAAUCUCCUGCUGCAAGAUAGAGAACUGUCUACAGAUUAGACAACAACCAAACCUCCAAAAAGUGGAACGUGAAACAAAUGCAUAGCAACUAUUACACUGAACUAAGUCUGCCAUUCCAAUGAGGUGACUAAUUUUAAUCAAACAAAUCUUAACUUUUUUAUUUAUCCUCCUGAAUACCAGGUUAUCUCCAGAAUAUCUCCAACCACACACUUAGAAGCAGCACUCUCCAGAAUAUCUCCAGCCACACACUUAGAAGCAGCACUCAGAUGAAGCAACCAAGCUGUAUUAGCCAAGCUAAUGACAAUAACCCUUAUAUAACUCCUAAAAUCACCACCCACUAGGAAUGUUUAACAUCUGGGUAGGCCUAUGCUUAUUUGCAAACAAUAGCUAAUUAAACAGCAAUCAAUAUCAAGUAGCUAACUAAUCAAAUCAAAUUCCUUAUAAUUACCAACAGGAAAUCAAACCUUGUGCAAUCAGUAACCUUUUCCUACAGAUGAAUCUUACCUGUAACAGUAAAAAAGAAAACUCUUAGCACAACUCUUAGACAGUUGAAGCUUCUGUAAAACUCUCCAGAAUAUCUCCAACCACACACUUAGAAGCAGCACUUAGAUGAAGCAACCAAGCUAUAUUAGCCAAGUUAAUGACAACAACCCUUAUAUAACUUCUAAAAUCACCACCCACUAGGAAUGUUGAACACUAGAUGGGGAUUAUACCAUCCAAGCGCUACACAGCGGAGCUCUUAGCAGCUCUAAAAAAUGUGAGUUAGUCUUCUCUUGGUUAAAAUCUUUUAAAUUGAUGAGAUAUUGCACUAUUAUUUCCUUCUUUCUGUUUUCUUCUGAGGUUUUUAAAGACAGAAAUUAUUGAUCUUUAAUAUUGUAUGGAUAUAUUUUACAUAACACAUUGUUGCACAUAAGUUUCACAUAAACUAUUUUUUUGCGGGGUCAACCACUUUUUUUGUUUUUACGUAUCGAACUGCAUGGUCUUUGUCAAGCGUGUAGGUCGAAAUGUUGUGUUACAUUGGGCUUCAAUAAAUUGCUGUCUUCUAUCUUGGAGUGCCUAAACCUUUUUGUACUUUAUGUAUACUGUUAUUGGGACCUGAUGAUUGGUCCUGGUUUGGUUGCUCCAUGGCUCAGAGUGGUGAGACAGAGGGCAGUUCCUUAUUGUUUCUUGAAAUAGACGUUACACGUUAUGAUCUGCCAACAAGAUACAUGUUAUAUUCUUCUUCCCAAUUUUCAAUAUUAGAUGCAUUUUGCAUAUCUUCUCUUGUGUUUCAGAGUAACUUCAGCUGGAGAAUCUACCCUACGUUUCUUGACUUUCUUCUCACAGUGGAGUCCUCAUCGUACUGUUUCCUUACGCUGGAGUGUUUGAUUUUGACUGACUUUCUGUAUGCUUGUUUAUUGUUAUUAUUAUUGUUCACAGCAAAGAAAGAGGAGAAGCUUGUUCCUCAUACUUGUUUUUGAUUGGUUAGUAGUUUGUGUUAUGCUCUGUGCUGCUAUUGGAGUUCAGUAAAGUGAGAAUUCCUAAAUAUUCACUUCCUGUAAUUAUCAAAAUUCAGAUUAUAGGACACUAAAGCUAGCAUAAUCUCUAAUAAUCACUAACACUAAUUCUAACCCAUCUGUGAUUAUUCACUACAGUAUGAACUGUCAGGGAUUUAAAGUGAAUUAAAGGUGUUUUCACAUCUGAGGCCAAAAUAGUCAAAAUAGAGCAUUCUCCUAUGUUCCCAGAUUAGCUCUUCUAGCCUUAUAUUUGAAAUUCACUUUGAAUUCACUUUGAGAAUUCCUGACAAUUCUCUCUUUAGUAAAUAACCGUAUAACUCCUGACUUUCAGUGAUGUAACACAGCCCAGUUUAGCUCUAACUUUUGUUUACUAGAAGUGAAUAUACAGUCAUGAAAAAAAGAAAGUACACCCUCUUUGAAUUCUAUGGUUUUACAUAUCAGGACAAUAACAAUCAUCAGUUACUUACCAGGUCUUAAAAUUAGGUAAAUUCAAUCUCAGAUGAACAACAAUACAUGACAUAUUAUACAGUGUUAUGAUUUAUUUAAAUAUAUAUAUAAAGGGAGCCAUAUGUGAAACACCAAGUACACCCUUAAGGUUUCCAUAGAGAUAAAGAUAAAGAUAUAAAGUAGCAGACAGGUGCUGCUAAUCAAAUGCCCUUGAUUAAUUGAUCAUCAGCAAGUGUGACCAUCUAUAUGAAAGACAAUGUUAUAGCAGUUUGCUGAUCUGGGGCAUUCAGGUAAGUGUUAAAAUAAUGCUAUGGAGAAAUGAAAUCAGCAAUUGUUGCUGCCCAUCAAACUGGGAAUCGUUAUAAGGCCAUUUCCAAAAGUCCAUCAUUCUACAGCGAGAAAGAUUAUUCCAAAGUGGAAACAUUCAAGACAGUUGCCAAUCUUCCCAGGAGUGGACAUCCCAGCAAAUUCACCACGAGGUCAGACCAUGCAAUGCUCAGAGAAAUUGCAAGGUAAACAAAAGUUACAUCUCAGACUCUAAAGGCCUCAGUUAGUAUGUUAAAUGUUAAAGUUCAUGGCAGUACAAUUAGAAAUAGAAUGAACAUGUAUGGUUUAUUUGGAAGUUUUACUUGUAGAAAGACUCUUCUCUCUAAAAACAUGUCGGUAUAGCUAAGGUUUGUAAAUUUGGUAGCUAAGGUUUGCAUCUGAACAAACCACAAGUCUUCUGGAACAAUGUUGUUUGGACAGAUGAGACCAAAGUGGAGAUGUUUUGCCACAAUUCACAGCGCCAUGUUUGGUGAAAGCACUGUGGUGGAAGGACAGGCCUGGACUGGACAUUGGAAAAACUGGACAAAUGCUUGGUGUGCCACGAUGGCCAUGGCCCGCGGCUAACAGGGGAGAUCAGAGGUUCUCUCCUGCUGGCCCAUGAAGAACAGGCACUAUCCAAGCACAGGCACUGCUGUGUGCCAUUACAUGGCAGUAGAGAGAUCAAAGAUCUCUGUCAGGUUUCAAAACUGACAUGUAAGACUUUUUCGUUUAUUACUGGCCCUUUAAGUGAACUUCAUGAUUUUCUCCUCUAGUGGCCUCCCUAGCCACUAAUCUAUUCACUCACCUUAAUAACCUCACCUGGAUUAACUAAUUAGGAGGCUUGAUAAGUCUACUCCCGGCACACAACAGUGCCUUGACAUUGAAGUCUAUGCCAUGAUAAAGAAUCUCUGUUCCUGGUAAUAUCCUGUAUUUUAUCUACAUUAUUUCAUUCUGUAGAGGACUUACAUGCAUUGCCUCAUCCUGUACUCAUCUGCAUUUCCUCAUACUGAAAGGCACUAACCUGCAUUACUUCAUCCUGAACUUGUCUGAAUUACAUCUUACUGAAAGACUUUCCUUAUCGGCUUCCAAGAAUCCUGAUUUGUGGUGUAUUGCCUUCAAUAAAGAAUCUUAACUGCUUCAAUUGCUGCAUCACUGCGUGAUCUCGUAAGCAGCCUGCAUUAUAUUAUUUUGGAAUAUUCCUACCUGUUUCAACCUCUGCAACUCUGCACGAUUCUGUAUUGCCUUAUCCUAAAAGGUAUUUACCUAAAACUAGCUGCAUUGCAAAGUAUCCUUGAAAUCCCUAACUACUUGGUAUAACUUCAAGCCUGCUUGUAUACAAAAUACUUUAUUCAUUUACUUUCUAAAGAUCUUGUUUGUGGCAUAUCACCUAAACCCUGUUUUUUCUCACAAAGUAUCCUGUCUGUGGCAGACUGCCAUUUAUUCUUUAUUUUCAGUAAAUUUAUGUCUAAUACGACAAAUAAAGUUUUAACCAAUAACCCUUGCAAUCGUCUCUUCUCUGACCUGCUCAAGAGCAUGAUAAUCGCCCACACUGACCCACAGGCACUUCACUGCGACAGCCAGGAGAGGAAGAGUGGACCCAGGGGCUCUAGCCAGCAGCACCACUGGGUUCUUCGUCUCACUGGGUCGGAGCAUUGGCACAGUUGCUGCUAAAUGUGGUUCUACAAUCUAUUGAGUCCUAAAGUGUACUUAGUCUUUCACACAUGUUUUUUUUCCAUUUUGGCUGUAUUUUGUUAUUAAAUCAUGACACAUUGUAAUAUGUCAUGUAUUGUUGAUCAUCUGAGGCUGUAUUCACCUAAUUGUAAUACCUGCUAAGGAACAGAUUACUGUUAUUAUGUCCUGCCAUGGAAAACCAUAGAAUUCAAAGAGGGGGUACUUUCUUUUUCCCAUGACUGUAAAUGAAUUUGUAGGCCAAUGAACCAACUGGGUUAGUGGAUUUCUCCACUCCUGAAUGCACAUAAUGACUAUAACAAACUUCAGGACUAUUUUCUCUUUACAGUGCUGAUGACCAGUUCACAGGGUCCAUGGAAACCAAUGUAGUCAUUCGUUUUGAUGGUCAAAUUAUGUGGGAUUCUCCAGCCAUCACAAAAAGCUCCUGCAAGGUUGAUGUCUCCUUCUUCCCAUUUGAUGCUCAGCAGUGUCGCUUAACGUUUGGCUCAUGGACAUAUAAUGGAAAUCAGAUUGACAUUCUCAAUCAUUUAGAUACGGGGGACUUGACAGACUUUGUGGAAAACGUGGAGUGGGAGGUGCUCGGCAUGCCAGCCAAGAAGAAUGUAAUCACCUAUGGGUGUUGUUCUGAGCCUUACCCAGAUGUCACCUACACCCUUAUUUUGAAGAGGAGAGCUUCCUUUUACAUCUUUAACCUACUCCUCCCAUGUGUAAUGAUCUCCUUCCUGGCACCCCUGGGAUUCUAUCUUCCUGCUGACUCUGGGGAGAAAGUGUCCCUUGGUGUCACUGUCCUAUUGGCUCUCACUGUUUUCCAGCUCUUGGUGGCAGAGAGCAUGCCACCCUCAGAAAAUGUGCCACUAAUCGGUGAGUAGUUUAAUAUAAACAAGUAAUCACAAAAUCAUGUUUUAGUCAAAUAUUUAUUGCAAAACACUGUAGAAGGACGACAUACCUUGUGAGGAGGGGGUUUGUUGUAUCACAAGAUGGUGCAUUUUAAAUGAGGUUGCCUUUGAUUAGAAGUUUUAGAGAAGGCCACUAUAUCUCUGACAGUGCAGGUUUAGGUUCAGCCAUCUAUGGAGUGAUACCUUACAGAGAAAACCACUAUUACUGCCUGGUGCAGGUUUAGGGUCAGCAAUCUUUAGAGUGAUAUGUUAUAGAUAAGGUAGCGCUAUGUCUGACUGGCGCAGGUUUAGGGUCAGCUAUCUAUAGAGUGAUAGAGAAGACUACCGUAUCUCCAAACAGUGAAGGUUUAUGGGUAGCUAUAUAUAGAGUGAUCCGUUAUAGAGAAGGCUGCAUGUUUGUGGAAGAAGCAGUUUUAAAGAACUUUGGAAGUGUGGAGAGAAGACAGCAGAAGAGCCUUAGAGGGUUUAGGGAGAGUAAGUAGGGAAAAGGCAAGAAUUUGACAGUUUUGGAAGGGUACAGAGGGAAAGAGGGAAAGAGGGCCAAAGGGGUGAGGGUUGGCUAGUGGGAUAUAAGGAACCACAAGAUUUCUGAUGUGAGUCCUGGCCAUAGAUGGGGUGAGCCAUUUUUGAGAAUGUGUCCAUUUCACAGGAGGAAACAAUUUCUGUUAAGAUUAGUUACUACAUAUCUAUUUUUUAAAUAUCAAGUUGCUAUAUAUUAGGAGUGAGCAGGUUUAGUGAGUAUUAGUCAAACCCUGAAUGGAGAAAUUCUUAUACAGUCAUCAUUUCUCUGGAUUUGAAAGGUGUUUCAUAAUGUUUAAUAGUGAUUUGAAUUGUUGUAAUAGAAGAGAAGAGAACUGCACACUUCUAUAAAUCUAGCAGGUUUACAUUCCGUAUCGAUAUCUCUCCAUUAAUAGCAUUAACUGAUCAAUACAAAAGUGUUGCUUUGAUCACAUAUAAAUGCUGUAAUUAUUUGGUUAUAAAAACACGACAUGCUAAAACUAAUUCUAUAGUCUGUGAAUUUUAAAUGCAUGUAAAAUAGUCAAUUACUGUCACUGUCUCAUUGCAGGAAAGUAUUACAUUGCAACUAUGACAAUGAUAACAGCCUCAACAGCUUUAACUAUCUUCAUAAUGAAUAUACAUCACUGUGGGCCCGAGGCUAAGCCAGUUCCAAAAUGGGCAAAGAAGUUUAUUCUGCAGUACAUGUCUAGGAUAUUCUUUGUAUAUGAGGUGGGGGAGAGCUGUAGAAGACCAAAACCAGAGCCUGGAAAGGUGCCGAAGGUCCAGGAGAUAAAUGGACAGGCUAAAAGGAAGGAAACCACAGCCAUUUCAAACAAAUGUGCAGAGAAUGACGACCCAAAGAGUCCACAGAAGAUGGAAGAUGUUCUGGGACAUGAAAAUGCUUUUAAAAAGGAUGCUUCCAGUGAAUGGAAGGAGAAUGGGAAAUACUCAGAGAAGGGUGGUGGUGGGAAUGAGAGUGGACACUCAGAGUGUUCCAAGGCCCAUUGUUUGUGCCACAAUGAGCGCUUGCUCAAAAACAUUGAAUAUAUGGCCAACUGCUUCCGGGAGCAAAAAGCAGCUCAAAAACGGACAGGGGAGUGGAAGAAGGUUGCCAAGGUCAUGGACAGGUUCUUCAUGUGGGUUUUCUUUAUUAUGGUAUUUUUCAUGAGUGUACUGAUUAUGGGCAAAGCCAUCUGAUAGACAUUGCACUCUCACCUUUUGGGAUC